AUUGAACGUGUCAAGGCUAAGAACGGCCUCAACUUCCAUCAGCUGCGAAUAAAUCAAAACUACUUCCUUAUGGCGCCGUGAUUCCACAUGUACCUACUCCUGACUUCUUGCUGAGGUCGUGAGCUGCAAGUGCCAAAAUGUCGACUACCAACGCAGAGAGCUCAUCGAGUACGCACACCAGUUUCUCCGCGGAGGACUUCUUUGCAACCCAGCCUGCGCCUCCGCAGCUGGGAGAGUUUGGUCGGAAAGCGCAAGAAUUCGUCGCAAAACAUGUUCAAGACGGCCGAAGGGUGGUCUUGGUAACGUCUGGAGGGACGACGGUACCCCUCGAGAAGAAUGUCGUUCGCUUUCUCGACAACUUCUCAGCUGGUACUAGAGGGGCGACUUCUGCCGAGUACUUUCUUGCACAGGGUUACGCAGUUAUCUUUAUGCAUCGACAGCACUCCUUGCAACCGUAUACAAGACACUAUUCACAUACCACAAACCCAUUCCUUGACCUCCUGCAAGAAGAUCCACAGCCGUCCUCGCCAGCAAGGAUAUCCGUCGAAGAGGAUCAGUCAUUCCACCUCCUUCCCGUGCUCAGGGCAUACCACAGCGCACGGUCAAAAGGCACUCUGCUCCAAUUGCCUUUUACCACGGUCACCGAAUACCUCUUCAUGCUGCGAGAGAUGGCCAUCGCCAUGAAACCUCUUGGGCGGCAGGGCAUGUACUACCUCGCCGCCGCAGUCAGCGACUUUUUCAUUCCUAGUACUAGGACGUCCGAGCACAAAAUCCAGUCUGGUAAAGGGUCCCUUCUGAUAGAGAUGGAUCAGGUUCCGAAAGUGCUAAAGCCAAUGGUCGAGCGGUGGGCUCCAGAAGGGUUUGUUGUCAGCUUUAAGCUCGAGACGGAUGAGAAGCUGCUAAUACCCAAGGCGCGACAAGCACUUCAGAGGUACGGGCACCAAUGCGUUAUCGGCAAUGAAUUAAAUCAUCGCAAGUUCGAAGUCGUCUUUGUCGAGCGUAAAUUUUCAAAAUCAGAUUUGGCACCGGUACCCAACGGACCGGCGAACGACUCAAGCACAGAUGAAUUCACCGAAGCCUGGAUCCGCCUGAGCGAGGAAGACAAGAAGAUGAACAAGUCGCGUACAUUAGCUGGGUCUGCACGUCGGCCGUCCCAUGUGUUUGAGCCACAUGGUAGCAGGCCAUGGCGGGGUAAGUUUUUCGAAAAGGAGAUCGAAGAAGACAUCGUAGAGCAGCUCCUCAAGAGGCAUGAUCAGUGGAUCGCCGGCGGGGAAGCACACAAAAGCAAUGAUCGAUAAUUGUGUUGCCUUUCAUUUCCAUACAACAGGAGACUCCAGGCCUUGUUGGCGAUCAGAAGCCUGACUAGUGGCUGGCUAUGGCUCUUUCAAAUUUCAUCCACGCAGCUCCUUCCAGCCCGGGUUGUUGGAGACAUGGUCGGUGGCGCCAGUGUAGACGCCGUCGACACCGAGC